AUGAGGAAAGACGGGCAGAGAGUCGAGUUUGUUGAGCAAAGUCUUCCGGAUUUGCGAAUCGAGUACAAGCUCCCCAAAGUCACAGGCGCAGAAAUUCGAAGCCGAACAUGCGAUCGUCUUCCGAAUAUGCAGAGAAAAAUGACAGUUGUCGACAUUCAGCGAUUUCAGCGAUCGCAAAAGGCUCGAGAAAGAUGGCGGCGAAAUUUGAAAACGCUCAGAUUGCUUUGUGGAGUCUGCAUCGCCUGUAAGAAAGCGCUAGAAUCCGUGAUUCCCAGCGACUCGUGGCAAUCAAUAACAACAGAGAUGAAAAGAAAAGUCAGAAAAAACUCUCUUCAAUUCGACACAUCGUUUUUCAGAUCUCGGACUUUGCGGACAGAGAUUUUAAAUCGACAGCAGAAACAUAUUCUUACUUCAAAGCCUGAUGUGAGGCAAGAUGAAGACAUCAUUGCAGUCGUUAGAGGCCUCCAAGCGCUGGAAGAAUUCACCUUCUAUUCAAAAACAGUACAGUAUGAAUUCGCCAAAUACGCAUUCUUGGAGACAUACGGACCAAACAGAGUUAUUUUCAAAGAACGGCAUCGAGCUGAUUUUCUGUACAUUGUUAUAAAAGGAAAACUGAUCUACAGAAAUGCAACGGAAUCGACUGUCAUCGGAAAAGGUGAAAAAAUCGGCGAAGACGAAAUUAUCGGAAACCGACUUCGAGGCGGUACUUUGACGACUCAGUCUGAUGAAGUCCAGUUGCUCUCAUUGCACAAAGAAUAUUUCGAUGAAAUUACCAUCGCUGAGAACCAAAGAGGAACGCAGCUAAGAGAGAUCAUUGCCAGAUCAUCUGUUCUGAGACUCUGGCCGACGCAAGAAUUACUCAACAGACCUCAAGAUUGGAUCAUUCGAAAUUACAAAGCCGACAGUUGGAUUUCGGAAGACCUCUGGAACGACGACUGGGUUUACAUCGUCAAAAGUGGCUUUUGCGUCGUCGCCAAGGGAAUGGACGAGAUUGAAAUGCACCUUCAUUCGCACAAGAAGAAACUGAGAAGAAAACGGCGCGAGAAAAUGAAGCAAGAUCUAAUUCACCGGAAGUUCGGCGGUGGAAUCGUCCAGAGUUCAAAUGCUUUCCGGCCACUGCAGUCACGUGGAAUGGCUCCGAGGGACUGGAGUUCACAGCGAGCAAUGCAUGAAAUGGACUCAAAUAUCAUCAGGGAGCUAAGAGCGGGCAAAAGCAACGACUCAAAAUGGUUCGUGGCAAAAGAACUUCACCCUGGCGAUGUUGCCGCAGUCGACAGCUUGACAGACACAGAGAAUCAAAUUAACCCCCGACUCGCCCUCGUGACCUCUCAAGGGACAGAACUCCUUCAGAUAAAAAGAAAAACAUUUCAACGAUUCAUUUCCGCAGACUUGAACAGCCUCCUGACGAUAAUGUCGAACUCGUAUCCGUCGUUUGACGAUCUUCAGCGAUCAAGAAAUCAUCAUAUUGAGUGGCAAAUGUACAAAGCCGCCGUUUUAGCUGGGGCAAUGAAGGCUCCCAGAUCACACAGAAUCAAGCUCCAGCCACUCAGUUUCUCUGUUGCCUAA